AUGGUUCGCACUCGAGCUGCCGACCGCCAGCGCAUUCCUGAUCCUUCCACCCGGCGCAACCCAACCCGACCCUCCGACACACAUCCAACACCUAGAUCAAGACGCCCGAGGCGGUCGCAAAAUGCCAAGAUACAUUACAACGAAUCUUCUUCUGAAGAAGGAGAUUCCGACUCUGCCGUGAGCAGCCUACACCGAUCCAAUGACGUAGACGAUGAGAGCCGAGGGGGACGUGAUGGACGGGCUUCGUCCGGACCACGAUCACGUCGAGUCAAGCAGGUAUCUUCUGUAGAGGAUUCUUCCGUACGGUCUGGUGGCCGUCGAAGCAUCCGGCAGGCCGCCUUGUCUCAGGCUGUUGUUGACCCUAGUGCCUCAGUUGCUGCAAGAGAGGAAAGAUCGGUUCCACGGGGACAAACAAGAAAACGACCCAAGUCACCACAGAAGAAGAGAAUGUCUUUGAAGAAACGCCGAGUAUCUUCGGAAACUGAGACAAUACCCGAAGGUAUUAUUCCGAACUGGACAGACCCCCAAAUGCCGUAUGCCGCCUGGACCGACAUCUUCUACUACGCAGGCAUGGCAGGCCGCGAUGAACUUGAUGCAGGCUGGUUGAUAAGUGCUGCUACGACAUGCAAAGCCUUGUCAGAAGCUGCCUUAACAGCCAUCUACCGCUCCCCGCCUAUUUUCACUACAGGAAAAGCCAAGCGGUUUGCGGCGUUGCUGGAUCGUCCACCUUCUGAAACUCGAUUCAACUAUCGCGCAAAAGUUGAGACUCUCUAUGUAGAUGUUCAUGUCCUGCCCCAAGCACUAUUACCCAAAAUACUCCAUGUGCUCCCACGUCUAAAAGAAGUCAUCCUCUUCGCACAGUCCACUCAGCCGCCUUACAGGCAACUGGAUCACACUGUGAGGUGGCAAUACGGCGAAGAAAUAUUCCAUGCCUUGAGGCCAAGCUCUGAACAGCCCGAAUCAAUUCAUGUCGAGGAAAAGGACUUCUGUACUACCCUAAAGAGCUGGGAAUGGAGUGGAAGUCUGUUGGGAGGGCCUGUGACCACGAUCGAUGACAUUGCCCGUAUGCACCAAGAACCUUCGUUUGCACAUCUCACUAAACUGAGCUUUACCAAUCUUCAAGUACCAUCGCUUUACAAGCUGGGCGUAAAGGGUUUCGACGAGGAACGAGAGCUGCUCUUGCACAGUCAGGAUGGAAUUUUCAUUGAGUCAUUGGCUCAGGCGAUUUCGCAACUAAAAUCGCUCCAACAUCUCGUGUUCGAAUCUUCUACUGUUAUGAAUGAUCGACUGCUUCCUCUGUUACCAAAAGACCUUACUCGGCUUUCUUUGAUCAAUUGCUGGGAAGUCAAGUCUGACGAAUUUGUGCCGUUCCUACACAGCCAUGGCAGACACCUGCGCAGCCUAAAUUUGCUACACAAUCAGUCUCUAGACAUGGUCUUUUUGACAGCCUUGGCAGAUACCUGUCCCAAACUAGAGGAGCUGUAUAUGAACUUGUCAUACUUUCACCAUCAUAAUUCCCGGUCUGAGCUUAACAAUGACGCGGACCCUUUGUACGACCAAGUCUUGCUACCCCAUCAAAAACCCAAGUGGCCCUCAAGUCUCCGGGUCAUUGAUUUUGAACAUAUCCGACAUUGGACUGUUGAAACAGCCGAGAUGUUCAUUGAGUCUCUUAUAGAUAGUGCUGACUCUCUACCAAACCUCCGUCACCUUGCACUCAAAACCAUGCUCGACAUACCCUGGAAGACCCGUGCUAAUAUGCGCUACGAGUGGCGGCGUAGACUGGAUAGAGUCUUUCUCCGCCCCUUCGAAUCGCCGCAAAGAAACUACUCGUUACGCCAAACGCAAGACGCGAAUUUGCCUCAAUUAUUGGAGGAAAAGAAGAGAUCAAAGCGCCUUUCUGAUGGGCCGUCUCGGCGGAGCAGCCGCUUAGCGGCACAUAUAUCAGAUUCAGAUUCUAAACACAGCACCAACUCACACUCCAAAGGUCUCCGCAGCUCACAUGGCCGGCCGACAUACGCAGAGCCUGAGACAGACGACAACGAAUUCGAUCUUGACUCGGAAGAUGAACAAGAUCAAAUUCUUAGCCCUACGUCCAGCCAGAGUGAAGAUAAGACUGAGGGCGAAGGCUCUACCGAUAAGUCCGCCAAGCCAGCCAUUCAGGGACGCUGCACUACUGUCUCUAUUGUUUUCGAUAACCAAAAACCAACUGAACUUCAAUACGGUAUGGAGGAUUUUAUGGACAAUGACCUUGCUGAGUCCGACGACGAGUGGGAUGGUGACCACGAAGAUGAGGAUGAUGCAGUUUUUGUUUGGCGAUGA